AUGUCUGAUAAGGACACUGAAGCCGCGGCGAACUGCGAAGUUUGCCGAGUCAAGUGCUGGACGAGGGAAGGCUUCUUCGGAAAGUACUCCUACAAGUACUUGUGCACCCCGACGGUGUCGUGCCUGGGGAAGGGCGCAAAUGCUCCCAUGUGGCUCGGUAAGGACGAGAAGCUGCCUCUCCUCCUCUCCGUCGUCCUCGGCCUGCAGCACUGCCUCGCGAUGCUUGCGGGCAUAGCCACGUCCGGAGGACUCCUCAUCGCCGGCGACACCUGCAUGGCAUUCCAGUGUGCGCUCCAGCCCUUCAUGGUCUCCACGUCAUGGCUGGCGUCUGGCAUUCUCACCCUGAUCCAAGUCUUCCGCUGCAAGAUCCGGGGCACGCCCUUCUACCUCGGCACAGGACUUAUCUCUGUGAUGGGCACCUCCUUCACCUUUCUCCCGAUCGCACGCGAGAUGACGACGGCGUACAUCCAAGACGCAAAGAACACUGGCGACCCGCGCUGCGUGACCCUCGACUCUGGCGUCAUCGACUGCCCGCGAGUCGGCAUGGAGGGUUAUGGCGCCUUCCUCGGGACCUGCAUGGUCGCCUGCUUCCUCGAGAUCGCCAUCUCCUUCAUCCCUUCAAGGAUCCGCGCGAAGAUGUUUCCUCCGGUUGUGCUCGGCGUGGCAGUCAUGAUGAUCGGCGCCGGCCUCGUCUCGUCGGGCAUCAAGUACGUUGGCGGCGGAGUUUUCUGCGGCGAGAACAUGGCGACGAGGGCCGCAGCCUUUGGCUCGGGCCCCCAGAUUUGCAACGAGAACGGCGACGUGACGCUUGCCUUUGGCGCGCCGCAGCACAUCGGGCUCGCGGCCUCGGUCAUCCUCUUUGGGGUCGUGCUGAAUGUCGCCGGCUCGCCCUUCCUCAAGUCGACGUUCCUCUUCUGGGGCCUCGUCUUCGGCACCAUCGUCGCCGCGAUCUCCUCGUACACCGACGACGAAGGCAUCCAGUACGACUACUUCGGCGACAGCGCGAAGGAGAAGGUUGACGCCGCGCCGGCGUUUGUCUUCUUUUGGUCCGAGGACCAGUUCCCGAUCUCCUUUGACAUCGUGUACCUGCUUCCCAUCCUCCUCGCGACCUACAUCACGACCGCCGAGACAGUGGGCGACGUCACCAUGACAGCCCUUUACUCUGGCAUCACCGACCCGGAGGACGUCAACGAGCGCAUCCAAGGCGGCCUGCUAGCCGACGGCGUGAACUCGUUCCUGGCCUGCUGUUUCGGCACGGCGCCAAACACGACUUUCUCGCAAAACAACGGCAUAAUUAAGCUCUCACAGUGCGCCUCCCGCUCCGCCGGCUUGGCGUGCGCGAUCUGGCUCAUCCUCCUCGGCAUCUUUGGGAA